AUGGCUUACAAUCUCUUAUCGCGUAUAACUAACGGAGUUAAUCCUUUGUUGGAGAUAUUUGAACAAUAUAUUUCAAACAUUGGAAAAGAAUUGAUUGCGGGAAUGGGCAAUUCAAUAGCUAAGGAUCCUAGAGAAUAUGUAGAGUCGCUUAUGAAUCUUCAUGUAAAGUACAUGAAUGUUUGUCAAAAAGUAUUUAUUAAUGAUGCUGCAUUUGUCGCAGCUGUAGAUAAGGCUUUUAGAACAAUCAUAAACGAUACAAAUAUUGCACAUGCUCCCGAAGUUCUUGCCCGUUAUUGUGAUGUUUUGUUAAAGAAAACGCAUAAAGGUGGAUUUAGUGAACAAGAAAUUGAAGAUAAAUUAGAUCGAAUGAUCGUCCUCUUUAAAUAUAUUGAUGACAAGGAC